AUUUCAAUCCACAUUUUUUAUAUUGUCUAAAGUUGGGUUCUUUUGUUUCUAACAAGUAAAGGAAAUGUAUAAAUCCAUAAGGAAUUGGGUGGAUUGAGAGUUGUGUUUGGGUUGGAAGGUCGACAUGCCUAAAAACAAAGGAAAAGGUGGAAAGAAUCGUCGUAGAGGGAAGAACGACAAUGAAGAAGAGAAGCGGGAACUUGUGAUGAAGGAAGAGGGUCAAGAAUAUGCACAAGUAACGCGAAUGUUGGGAAAUGGAAGGUGUGAAGCGUUAUGUUUCGACGGUACUCGAAGACUUUGUCACAUUCGAGGAAAAAUGAGAAAGAAAGUCUGGAUCAAUUCGGGAGAUAUUGUUCUCAUUGGUUUGAGAGAUUAUCAAGACGAGAAAGCGGAUAUUAUUUUAAAGUACAAUCCUGAUGAAGCCAGAGCAUUGAAGGCUCAAGGAGAGAUUCCAGAUACUACGAAAAUUAACGAAGAAGAAGGAGAAGAAGGAGAAGAAGUUACUUUUGAUUUUGACGAUGUAGAUGCAAUAUAAUAUAUGCUUUUUGUUUUUAUGAAAUUUGCCAUUAUACUUUUUCACAUUAUUUUUUUUGAAA